GAGAUCAUUGAUCUGACGUGCGAGGACACAAGCACAGACCCAGUGCCACAGAGCAGCUUCGCCAUCAUCGACCUGACAGAGGACACAUGCAGCCCUCCCCAUGCCACCAGCUGGGAUGACCAGGACCCCGAGCAGGCACCUGCUACCCCAGCAGCACCCACAUCCCAUCCCCAGCUCUGCUCCACCACAACGCAAGAAACGGAGGCAGUGUCGGGGCCGAGCCCUGCAGCGCCCUGGCACGGUGCUCCCACAGGGCCCAGCGCCACCGUGGACACUGCAGAAAGCACCGAGAAGCAGAGCUGCUUCUCUCCUGCCUCCAGCUGCCACAGCUCCCGCAGCCGGGAGCAGAACUGCAGCACCACCACUUUUAACAGUGACUUGGGCUCCCUGGCCAGCACGCAGCUGGACUCAGACCUGCUGUCCCUGUCCCCGUCCAGCCUGGAGAGCAGCAGCAGCUGGAGAGUUGGUGGCUCAGAGGAAGAGACUCCCCAGCUCUGCCAGGAAAGGGAGCUUCCCCCGAGGCUGAACCCUGCCCCAGCCAUCCCCACAACCCCAGGGAAGGCCCGAGGGCCUCCGCUGGAAGCAGGUGACCUACUGCCACUUGAAACAAUCCAGCAAGUAACCCCAGCCAGGACCAAGGCUGACAGCAAGGCCUGGCUGAACAAACUGCACUGUUUCAGGAGAAGCGGAGUCCAGCACCUCUUCCUUCAAGGUGUAGCACCCAACGGGGAAACAGAGCAGCGGAAAUCUGAGCUCAUCCCCAGAGGGAGGCUGAGCAUGGUGCACACCACCAUGGAGGAGAACUUCCCGGAGGGCACCUUGCAUUUCCUGAGCGAGUUUGUCUCCUGCCAGCACUGUCCCCCCAAAGAAAUCAUCUCCCAUCUGAUCAAACAGAUCCUGUUGAACUGCCACCAAGGGGAGAUCCUGAAGGAUACCUACAUGCUGCUGAUGAAGAUCCAAAUGCUCCCUCCAGCCAAUGCCGCUACAGUGGGAUGGGACUGGACGCUGCUGAAAUACAUCAUGGAGGAUCAGGCUCAUACCAUCUCCACCUGCCCUCAGGAGAAGCCCCCUGGCCGGCUCCUCUUCCUGCAGUAUGUGGUGCAGACCCUGGAGGAUGACUUCCAGCAGAACCUGAGGUUGCACGCCCUGCAGAAGUCGAUUGCCAAGAAAGUGCUUUCGUGUGACACAUGCUUCAACAAUGUCAAGGAGGUGGUCGAAUGGUUGGUCGCAGCAGUUACAGGAGCUGGGUUCUCCCAGCCCCAGGAGCAGCCAAAAGAAACUACAUCCUCUUCAGCAGAAGCAAGGGACAAAUACAGCUCAUCUGCACCAUGUCUGGCCAGCACUGACCAGGCAGAGGUGGCUCCACCAGCUUGCUUUGCCCAGAAGGUGAUGCUCCUGCUCCAGCGAAUGUUGUCCAUCGCAGUGGAAGUGGACAAAUCUCCCAACUACAGCUCCUGUAAGAUCGCAGAUGUGAUAUUCCCAUUUAUACUGAAUAUUCCCCUGAGGAGCCAAAGGGAAGCUUUCUUAAACACCAUGGAGAGCCAGCUCCUGCGCUGCAAACUGCUAGAGCUGCUGUUCCAGCAUAGUUGCAAAGUGCCCACAACCUUGCCCUUGUCUCUGGCCAAGAUCCUGUACUUCCUGAGCCACUCCUCUAUGCUGCUGCAAUAUCAGGAUGAAACAGCAAUAUGGCAAAGAUGGGAUGAGAUGCUGCAGUACUUGAGUUUGCUGCUGAUGAGUUACCAAAACGUAAUACUAGACCACCUACGGAGCUCACUCAACAACCGGAUGGACUUGAUCAUUCAGAAAGCCAAGCCCAAGCUUCAGGACAGCGAUGACAUCAGCCAUCUGGACAUUCAGCUGAAGAUAGAGGACUUCAUCAGCCAAAUGCAGCAGGCCCUGGGGCAGCCUUUUCCCCUGCAGAUCACGGAGAAAUUGUGCAUGCUUCAGGAGUUGUUAUUCAUUGUCACUGCUACCUGA